CUGGCCACUAGACAAAUAAACAGGUCUCACCCUCCUUUCUGCUUCUCUCUCUCUCAUUUUUUGGUCUGAUUCUCUCUCUCUCUCUCUCUUCCUCAGUCUGAAAUCAGAAUCGGAAGAGGCUUCAAAUCCGUUGAAGCCUUCUGAAUCGUGGCCUUUGAAUCUGCUAAUUGAUGAAAUAGAAGAGGCCCCGUUGAUUUGAAUUCGGAGGUUAAAGGGGUCCAAGAACUUGUUCGAGAUGGCCUGCAGAGGGUGCUUGGAGUGCCUAUUGAAGCUAUUGAACUUUAUAUUGACCCUCGUUGGGUUGGCCAUUGUGGGUUAUGGGAUCUACUUGCUGGUAGAAUACAUGAAAGUAGCCGACGGUGCCAAUAUGCAUUCACCUGUGGGUGAAACUGAUGCUCUGAUACAGCUUGGCCGCCCUAUGCUCACGGCUGUGUCUCUUUCUUCUAAUUUUUUUGACAAGUUGCCAAAAGCCUGGUUCAUAUACUUGUUUAUUGGGGUUGGAGUCAUUAUAUUUGUCAUCUCUUGUUUCGGUUGCAUCGGAAUUGUAACACGGAAUGGCUGCUGCUUGAGUUGUUAUUCGGUGUUGUUGAUCCUUUUGAUCUUGGUAGAGCUGGCUGCUGCAGCCUUUAUAUUCUUUGACAAAAGCUGGCAAACCGAAAUCCCGACGGAUGCAACUGGAGAUUUUGAUAUGAUAUAUGAGUUUCUGGACACGCACUGGAAUAUUGUCAAAUGGGUUGUUCUUGGAGCUGUUAUCUUUGAGGCUCUAAUGUUCUUGCUAGCCCUCGGAGUUAGAGCUGUAAAUAGACCAGUGGAGUAUGAUAGUGAUGAAGAGCCAUUGAUCGACAGGCCGCCACCGGUUCCAGCAACUGGUGUACCUGUUGCUGGGCCCAGUAAGCGUGCAAUCAGAAAUGAUGCUUGGAGUGCACGCAUGAGGGAAAAGUAUGGGCUCGACACAUCUUUGUAUCCAUAUGACCCAUCCGAUUCAAGCAGGUUCCAGCAACCUCCAGCUCAGCCACAAGAAGAAAGGAAGCGCUGCAUCAUCAUGUGAAAAUAGAUGUGGAUUUGACCAAAAUUUAAACAGAGUUGGUUUCUGAAAGACCGCUUCUCGGACCAUUGUGUUCGAACUUUUUGAAGCUUUUCCAGAGGAUGGUCUUUUUGUUUUUGUUGAGUUUGUGUACAACAUUUCUUUUUCAGUUCCAGGCUCGUCUUCCCUUUAAAAUGUAUUUCUAGUUGGUGUGUAAAUUGUACUGCUAGUUAGGAUUUCUUAUGGAUAAAGAAUAGUGUUAUGAACAGAGUAACUCGAGACAUUCUGGCCGUUACAAUGAUGUGGUCUUCUAUUGGUUUUGAUUCA